AUGUCUCAGGUAGAUGCACCCAACUCAAGUGCCGAGCAGGCAUCUAUGCCUCCUGCUGAUCAGUCGGACAUUGCAACGGACCCCUCUCUUACAGCAUCUUACUCAAUCUAUCACUCUCGGCGACUUGAGCUGCUCAAGUUAAAUCAAGCAGCAUGGAACGAUGAAGCAGACGUAUUCCCUAUUGUUGCGCCUUUAGACAUGAGUUUAAAGAAAAACACUGCUUUCAUCCGCAAAGUUCGUGUUUCUUUAAACUCUGCCUCUUUAGAAUCCCUUUUGACCGACAUCCGCACUGUGUCUCUUGAAAAGUAUCUUUCGGAGGUUGUGAGCGCGGUCACAGAAGGCCUUAUUAAAUGCAAAACCUCUGCAGACUUUUUUUCAGGAACCGAAAUUGUGUCGGCUCUCCAUCAACGCUUUGGUAUCAAUUUUACUGGGCCUUUACUCAGUAACAUGAUGCAUGGCGUGGCUAAUCCUUCUAAGAGUGCGCUAGCCAGUCUUCCAGAAAUUGCACGCGAACGUGAAUUAAAAAAUGUUUUCCAGCGUCAAAAAUUGGUUACUCGGAUCAUUACUGAGCUUUGGCUUGUUGGUGUGUUUCGUGAUGCUUCUGAUGCUGCUCCUUAUGGACUUCCUGCCUUUGCUAAGGUCAAAAGCCCAUCCGGAACUGUUGAUCCUCCACCACUUAUGGCUCUUAAAGAGAUUUUAGCAUCUGAUUUGGUUAAUUUUUCUCCAGUUAGUGUUGUUUUUAUGCUCCACAAGUAUUAUGGCCACGAGAUUCUGGGCAACCCUGAUGGGACUUCAGAUGAAUCUAUUGAGCCACUAGUUUCUGCUCCAAUUCGGGUUAGAUUUCGACGCGUUCUUGGUACUUAUGCUGCCUCAUUUGAUCGCAGAGUCCGGUACCUUGCUAGACAGCUUUUGAUUAUGCAAAGACUAAAUGAAAAACGUAUUUUGAAGUUUGGUUCAUUGAAGGAAGAGCAUGCGAAUAAUUACAAUACUUUGAUGGAGGAAGCGGCCAUUAUGCUUUCGAAUUGCGAACUUUUGUUUAAAAUUCUUGGUUUAGCCAUGGCAGAAAUUAUUCUUCGACGAGAGUCAGAAAUUGGAGACGAAGGUGAUAUUGCUCUUGUGGAAGGGGAGUUGUGGACUGAUGACUCUGAAAAGUCAUUUUACGAGGAUUUAGUUUGGCUUGCUCCUACUACCGACAUUCCAGAUGAUGUUAGUGAUGUUUCUGACGAUGAGGAGGAAGAAAAACUUUUGCAGAGUUUAGAAAAGGUUUCUGAUAAGUCUGAAACUAUUGAAGAAGCAAAUACAGAUGAUCAAGAAUUUGUGCCUAAAGACUCAUCCGAGUAUAUAACCAAGUCGUCGACUGAUAAAAUAAGCGAAGAUGCAAAGCCAAUCACAGAUAUUUUGCAGAAACUUUCUCGCAACCCUGAUAAGGAUGUUGCUGAUGAAUGUGCGUACCAAUUCAAGGAAAUAAACAAUGACAAAACGCGCGCAGAGGUGUUGGAGUUUUUGACUACAAUGCGACCUGCAGAACAGUACAAGUUACGUUAUUAUUGUCGAUUUUUGGCCAACAUUAAUCCUAUUGCACCUGGGCUUUUGGAUGGCAUUUUGACUUAUUUACAAGACUAUUUUGGGUAUCUUCGCAAGAAAAAGGUGGCCAAGUUAUACUCUACCCGUAUGUUUAUCAUUCGUUACUACUCUGAACUUGUAAAGUUUGGGCUUGUGCCUAAGAUUGCGAUUUUCCACAUUUUGCAUUCGCUUUUGACGUGGGUUGACAAACAGACCAUUGAAAUGGUUUGUGGAUUCUUGGAAGGAUGCGGCAAGUACUUGUAUUACAAGCCGGCAACUCACAGAAUCAUGGGCAAGUACCUUGAUUUUAUUGAAAAGACACGUGCCUCCAACAAGCUUGGGAUUGAUGAGAAACUUUUGAUUACAUAUGCGAUUCACUACGUCAAACCUCCUCCUCCCUUGAAUGCUAUUCCUGCCAAGGAGCGGCCCGUCAUUGAGCGGUACAUUCGGAAGCUCAUUUAUCUUGACUUGGACGCAGACAAUAAAGAUUUCAUUUUGGGACAACUUUAUAAAAUGGAUUGGAAUGAUCAAGAGACGUUUCACGCGUUGCGCAAGGUGUUUUACAAGAUUUGGAAAGUCAAACAGGAGAACAUUGCGCUUAUUGCGGAUAUGCUACAGGACAUUAAAAAGUAUUACUACUCGUUUGCGGUGAUGGUUGGAGACAGCGUUCUUGAAGAUAUUCGACGUGGGCUGGAGCUUGGUGGAUUUCGAAAUAAUCAGAUUCGCUUGUCGCAGGCGAUUUUCCUUGGUGAGCUUUGCAAGCGACGGAUUGUGGAUCACCACGUGAUUAUGAACACUCUGUAUCUGAUGUUGACGCUGGGGUACCCUGGGAACAUGCCACUGCCCGAGGGAUGUGCUCUAGAUUCACCAUUGGAACUGUUUCGAGUACGGUUGGCGUGCACUUUGUUGGACUCGUGUGGUGGGUACCUUAAUUUUGUAGACCAGCAUUUACCUGAGCGCGGGAUUGCGAGGGAAAUUGACUUGUACCUUGCGUUUUUGCAGUACUACGUGCGGCUCAAGCGGAACGUAUCCAUGGACAUUGAAUUCCAGUUGAGGGAUACAUUUAAGCGGAUCCGGCCGGAAACCCCGCUGUACGAGACUAUAGAGGGUGCAACCCGAGGGCUCGAGGCGGUCAUGUCUGGGCAACCGCCGCCGCCAGAAGAAGUGCGCGGGAUGCAAGUUGUGCAGAGCGGAGGCAAGAAUGGGACGACGAAUAAGACGAGAAGAGGAUAUGAAGAGGAUAUUGGGCGGAACGAAGAGUUUACGAUGCCCAAAUGGGAAAAGUCAGAGGAGGAGGAACGUGAACGACAACGGCAAUAUGUGGAAAAGAAGCGGCGACAGGCUGAGCGGGAGAACUUGCAAGCAGAGGAUGAUUUGGAGGCAGAACUACAGCAACUAAUGAUGGACCGAACAGACGUUACGGCGAGUGGAGUACGGGCUGGAGGGGUGAAGAAGCCCUUUGAUGCACCUGUGCCCAAGACUUCAGGUUUGCUUGAGCCUGGGAAGCCUGGGAAGCCUGGGACUACGUAUGAAGCGCCGAAACAAGGGCAUGUCAAGUAUGCUUUACUGCUCAAGUCGAACGGGUCAACAGGAUCUGGUGGUGGAGGAGGAGGAGGGCCUGGAGUUAAGAGCAUGGUAUACAGUGGGUCGACAAUUAAGACGAUGGAUUUGCCGUCGACAUCCAAGUUUGUGACAUCGCUAGCCAAAGAACGCGAGGACCGGGAAAAGGAACGGGAACGGAUCCGCAACAUUAUCAUGAAGUACGAGUACCUAAAUGAUGAGAAUGAUGAUGGCGAGGAUCCGGAGAAGAUUGUGCAGCCGGUUGUAGCAGCCACGAGGUAUCAACAACAGUCUGGACGGACUUCUUGA